AUGGCGAAUGUUUCUUAUCAAAUUGCAAAUCUUCUUGAGAAGAUGACAUCGAAUGAUAAAGAUUUUAGAUUUAUGGCCACAAAUGAUUUAAUGUCGGAACUUCAAAAAGACAGCAUUAAACUGGAUGAUGAUUCUGAGAAAAAAGUUGUUAAAAUGUUAUUAAGAUUGCUUGAAGAUAAAAAUGGAGAAGUUCAAAAUUUAGCUGUUAAAUGUUUGGGACCAUUGGUUAACAAAGUAAAAGAAUAUCAAGUUGAAACAGUUGUUGAUACUUUAUGCAAUAACAUGGUUUCUGAAAAAGAACAGUUAAGAGAUAUAUCAAGCAUAGGCUUGAAGACAGUUAUUAGUGAAUUACCAUUAGGCUCAUCUGCUCUUGCUGCUAGCGUUUGCAAAAGAAUCACUGGGCGUCUUAGCUCGGCCAUUGAAAAACAAGAAGAUGUUUCAGUGCAGUUGGAAGCUCUAGACAUUCUUUCAGAUUUAUUAUCCAGAUUCGGAGGUUUACUCGUUUCUUUUCAUCCUACAAUAUUAACCUCCCUACAACCUCAAUUAUGUUCACCCAGACAAGCAGUUAGAAAGAGAACAAUUGUAGCUCUGAGUCAUUUAGUCAUGUCAUGUAAUUCUGCACUCUAUGGUAAAUUGUUAGAUUUUUUGGUGGAUGGACUGUCGAGAAAUUCAGGAGCUUCUGCAACGAGAACCUAUAUUCAGUGUAUCACUUCUAUCUGUCGUCAAGCUGGUCAUCGUUUCGGUGAACAUAUGGAACGCGUCACACCUUUUAUAGAACAGUACAGUCGUCAAGACGAUGAUGAAUUGAGGGAAUAUUGCUUGCAAGCUUUCGAAGCUUUCGUGCAGAGAUGCCCGAAGGAAAUGACUCCACACAUAAGUGCUAUAAUGGAUUUAUGUUUAAAUUGUAUAACAUACGAUCCUAAUUAUAAUUAUGAUGACACCGAUGCUGAUGACAGCAUAUCCAUGGAGACCGAUGAUGUGGAUGAUUCUGAAGAUGAAGACGAAUAUUCGGAUGAUGAUGAUAUGUCGUGGAAAGUCCGAAGAGCCGCUGCUAAAUGUCUACAAGCUGUAAUUCUAACAAGGCACGAAAUGUUGGCGGAUUUUUAUCGAAUCGCCAGCCCAACUUUAAUAGCAAGAUUAAAAGAAAGAGAAGAAAAUGUUAAAUCUGAUAUAUUCCACUGCUACAUUGCGUUGCUUAGGCAAACCAAACCUACUGUUGCUUUAGGUACGGAUGUUAUCGAAGACGAAGGAGCUCCUAUUGUUUUACUUCAAAAUCAAGUUCCAUCGAUCGUCAAAGCCGUUCAUCGACAAAUGAAAGAAAAAAGUACGAAAACACGUCAAGAUUGUUUUGCUCUCCUAAAAGAGUUAGUUCAGGUAUUGCCUGGAGCUUUGACUAAUCACAUCCCUGCUCUCAUUCACGGCAUUCAAUUUUCAUUGGGGGAUAAAAAUUCCAGUUCGAACAUGAAAAUUGAUACUUUGUCAUUCGUUCAUUGCCUUCUUACCACUCACGCACCGGAAGUUUUUCACGUUCACAUGGGAGUGUUGGUACCGCCGGUUGUUGCUGCGGUGUCGGAUAAUUUUUAUAAAAUUACCGCUGAAGCUUUGCUCGUUCUUCAACAACUAGUUAAAGUCAUUCGACCUUUAGAUACUCCAAGCAAUUUCGAUUUCACUCCGUGGACAAGUGAAUUGUACAAUUGUACAUUGGUGAGACUCAAGGCGGCUGAUAUUGAUCAAGAAGUUAAAGAAAGAGCUAUAUCUUGCAUGGGUCAAAUUAUAUGCAACUUAGGAGACUAUUUACAAGGCGAACUUAAUACAUGCCUUCCAAUAUUAUUAGAUCGGCUCAAAAAUGAAAUCACCAGACUGACGACAGUAAAAGCUUUAACUAAAGUCGCUGCUAGUCCAUUAAGAAUUGAUUUGAGACCUAUUUUGGGAGAAGCAAUACCAAUGUUAGGUUCCUUUUUGAGGAAAAAUCAAAGAGCGUUAAAAUUGAGUACUUUAACUCUAUUGGACGUACUCGUGUGUAGUUACCAUACUUCAAUGAGUCCCCAACUUCUCAAUAAGGUACUGCAAGAAAUUCCUUUGUUAUUGAGUGAAGCCGAUCUUCACAUAGCUCAGUUAAGCUUAAAUCUCCUCACGUCGAUAGCCAAACUUUUGCCAAACGCUUUAGUGAACAUUUCGGAAAAUAUUUUACCGGAAAUUUUGACACUCGUCAAAAGUCCUCUUCUUCAAGGAGCCGCACUUAAUUCCAUGUUAGAGUUCUUCCAAGCCUUGGUCAUGGCUAAUCUUCCUAAUUUGGGUUACAGGGAACUUUUAGCUUUAUUGGUUAACCCUGUUGUGUCUCAGGGUAACGUCGGACCGAGUGGAGUACCGAUGCCUACUCUACACAAACAGGCUUAUCAUUCGUUGGCGAAAUGUGUGGCAGCUCUUACGGUUCAAUUUACCGAAGAAGCUAUCAGUGUUGCUCAGCAAUUUCUUUACGACGUUCAAGAUCCUGUAAAUGAUUCCCAAUACAUUUUCGCUUUACUCGUCAUCGGUGAAAUCGGUCGACAUAUAGAUUUAUCUUCGCUGGAAAAUUUGAAAGGAGUCAUUUUACGGUCUCUGUGUCCUCUUUCGGAAGAAGUGAGAAGUGCUGCAUCCUACGCUUUGGGUUCCGUGGCCGUAGGAUGUUUGAAUCAAUACGUUCCUUUUAUACUGCAAGAAAUCGAAACUCAGCCAAAGCGACAAUACCUUCUUUUACACUCAUUAAAAGAGUCGAAUAGUCAAGGAGGGAUUUUGCAACUUCAACCUUUCGUUCCGGCAAUUUGGCAACAAUUGUUUAGACAUUGCGAAUGCGCCGAAGAAGGAACUCGAAACGUCGUUGCAGAAUGUUUAGGAAAACUCACCAUAAUCGAUCCUCCGAAUCUUCUCCCGAAACUUCAAGCUUCACUGUCAUCGGAAUCACCUUUAAUGAGAACAACCGUGGUUACGGCCGUCAAAUUUACAAUUUCAGAUCAGGCUCAAGCCAUUGAUCCGCUACUGAGACAAAGCAUCGGUCAAUUUCUUUCUGCAUUAACGGAUCCAGAUUUAAACGUUCGUAGAGUUGCUUUGGUUGCUUUCAAUAGCGCUGCUCAUAAUAAACCUAGUUUAGUGAGAGAUUUACUAGACACGGUACUGCCCCAAUUAUACAGCGAGACUAAAAUUAGGAAAGAACUUAUUCGAGAGGUCGAAAUGGGACCGUUCAAGCACACCGUGGACGACGGUUUAGACAUUAGGAAAGCUGCCUUUGAAUGUAUGUACACUCUCCUGGAUUCCUGUCUGGAUCGAUUAGAUAUAUUCGAAUUUUUAAAUCACGUCGAAAACGGACUCAAGGAUCAUUACGACAUAAAAAUGUUGACUUAUUUAAUGGUGGCGAGACUCGCACAACUUUGUCCCACCGCCAUGUUGCAAAGGUUGGAACGUCUUGUCGAACCCCUUAGAAGCACUUGUACAAUGAAAGUAAAAGCCAAUUCCGUGAAACAAGAAUACGAAAAACAAGAUGAAUUGAAAAGAUCCGCCAUGAGAGCCGUUGCCGCUCUUUUGACCAUACCCGAUGCAGAUAAAAAUCCUCACUUGAGCGAAUUCGUAUUGCAAAUAAAAUCGACUCAAGAUCUUCAACUCAUAUACGAUUCCAUUCAAAAAGAUUCAACGAUGGGAGUGAGUCAAGAUUCGAGUCUAAUGGAUCUCAGUUGA